AUGGAAAUUCUGAAGACUUUUGGAGCUAAUGUCGUUGCUAAUCCGGGAGCUGACAUGAGUUUAGUCAUCGCCACAACAGAGAAACAUCCAAAGACAAGAGCUCAAGUACAAGCUGGUGAGGUUACGGUACUGAAAUCAAAAUGGGUGUUG